UGUUCUAUCGUUUCGGAUAUUUUAAAGUUCUCUUGAUCCGGUCACACUAUUCACGUAGAACAACAAACUUGAGAUUAAAAAACAUUUGUUUUCAGAAAUAUUGUCAAAACCAUGAAGUCCGAGAAACUGAAACGAAACUUUUGGGUCUCCGCCGAAAUAGAGUGCAUGCUCGACCUGAUUAAGGAGGUGAACAACUGCCAGGGAGCCCUGUCCACCAGCACCACCCAGUACACCUUCAUCCAAAUCGCCAAUCAGAUGAAAAAAAGGGGUUUUCCAAAUAAGUCGCCCACUCAAAUCCGCAGAAAAUGGUUUCAAAUGAAGAGCGCCUAUCUGUGUUACAAAAAGGGAAAUGUUGAUCGACUAUUUCUGAUACCCGAGAAAUUCCGCAACGCCAUCGCUCAGUUCGUAGAAAGUGGCGAGAAAAUCGGACGUUCCAAUCUAUCCACCAUUUCAAGUGGAACACCAGCUAUCGUGCAGCAAAAUCAGGAAGUACUCUCAGAAGAAGACACUUCCCCCAUGGAUAUAUUCCUUAAUCAGAUCCGUAAAAACAAUAAAAUGAUCAAUUCGGAGUUCUUUAGGAUGGAGGAAUCGUUACAGCAAUUCGAACAGAAAUGCCAGUUCAUUAGAGACAAAAACAUAGCUAAGCUCAUCGACGGUUACUAGCCAAAUAAACAUAACAUUUCCAGAUAUAUAGUAAAUAAGUUUUAAUAAAAUUUAAGCAAAUCUGA